UAAAAAACAUUUAAAUAUUUUUGUGCGCCUUAGUAUUUGGCUGUGCUAUUGCAAUUAUAUUUGUGACAUCGCCAAUGGUGUAUUAUUGUAUUAACAUUUACUUACGUAACAACAAUACUUAUUUGGAAAAUAUAUAUAUUCCAAUCGAUUAUUCUGUUAUUCAAGAAAAAUACAUUUAUGUCACAUUAUUGCAUUUUAUAAUAUUCGGAAGUAUUGCAAUAAUAAUAAUUGUAGCGAUCGCUACAAUCCUAGGAUUAUAUAUGAUCCAUGCUUGUGGUUUAUUAAAAAUUGCCAGCUAUCGAAUUGAACAUGCAAUAAAUGUGGAAAAUGUACAAGAUAUCUCUCCAUUAAAAAAAGAAUAUGUUAUGUGCACGAGAAUAAUGCAAGCCGUACAUAUACAACUAAAAGCGUUGAAGUUUGCGAAUUACAUCGUGUCUUCAUUUGCAACAAUGUAUUUUGUUCUAAUAAUAUUAGGUGUGGCUACCGUAAGCAUAUAUAUGUUUCGACCAAUUAUAUUCCAGUUUUUUCAAAACUUACAAACAAAUGGUGAUUGGCCUGAAAUUUUUAUUAUCCUUACAAUGCUAGGCGGACAUUUUGCGUACAUGUUUAUCGCAAAUUAUAGAGCACAAGAGAUUUCGGACCAUUGUAAUAACCUGUUUUAUGCAACAUAUAACUCAAUGUGGUACGUAGCACCGCUCCGAGUUCAGAAAUUAAUAUUGUUCUUACUACAAUAUGGCACAAAAAAUUUUACCAUUAUCCUUGGUGGAAUUUACGUCGGUUCAUUAGAAGGUUUUGCCACGAUUCUAAGUACAUCUUUAUCCUAUUUCAUGGUAAUGUAUUCUACACAAUUGAGAGAUAAACAAAUGGAGAAAUAAGUAUUUUGAAAUCACUAAAAGAAAUAAAACACAAAACUCAUAUUAUGAUAUUGAAAUAAAAAAAUACUAUAAUUUUUUAUCAGCGCUCCUACAGAAUUUUGUGUUCAAAUACUAUAAGUGUUGUAAACCGAGC